AUGACCGCGGUGGAGGCAGCAGCGGCCGUGAUCUCGGGCUGGGACAGUGAUCGUCGUCGCCACUACGGGCUUGGGCGCUUUCAUCUCGGCCGCGAGACUCAGGGAGCGCCUCUUCGCAACGGAUCCUGGAGUUGUCUCGGCAGCCUGGGAAGAUCUCGCAGUUCCCGAUCAGUGGGAGUGGCUGCCCGUCCAUGCCCGUUCGCCUGUGGCGCCAACGAGGCUCUGGCCGGCCUCAACCUGGAUGCAAACGGAGCAGGGUUGUGA